CACAUGUCAGAUUAGUUUUUUCUUUUCAGGCCAAUAACUGUGCAUAAAAUAUAAAAGUCAACUGUUAAUCCAGUCACAUACUACAAACAUUGGGGGGAAAAGAAAGAUAUAAUAAAUAAACAGCAGUAAUGCGCUCUUUCCCUCUUUAUCUUUUGUCUUAUCAUGGGCAUUCAACAACGCACUAUGAAAAAAGCAGUCAAAGACACAGACAGUCUAUUAAAGAAAGACCAUAAAAAGCUGAUCCUCUCUUGGGACGAGAUCCCCACUUGGAUGCAAGAUAAUGUCUAUAUUACCGAUGGUUAUCGAAGACAGACAAACAGCUAUGUAGAGUGUAUCAAGAGCUUGUUCUAUCUUCAUAACGAGAGUGUCAACAUUUGGAGUCAUUUGUUGGCAUUUUUCUUGUUUAUAGGAUUCGCUUUUCACUUCUUAUGGACACAACCCCAUGUUACUUCUUUGACAGCAUUUGAUUAUACUUAUUUCUUCUUGUUUAUUACCGGUGCCUGUGCAUGUUUAGGAUUUUCAGCUAGUUUUCAUUGUUUUGCUUGUCAUUCGGAACAAGUAGCCGCUACUUGGAACCGAUGUGACUAUGCAGGCAUUACUUGUCUUAUUGUCGGAUCAUUUUUUCCUGUCAUCUACUAUGGAUUCCAUUGCCACCAUAUGUUUCAAGUGAUUUAUUUGACCACAAUUGUCAUCCUGGGAUCCGUUACUGCAGCCAUUACUUUGAUGAAGCAUUUCCGUACACCAGCUUAUCGAUGGGUCCGUGCAUGUUUAUUUAUGGCUUUAGGUUUAUUUGGCUUGAUUCCUACUGUUCAUGGUAUCUUGGUCUAUGGUUUGAGUAAUUCUCUCAAGACAGUCUCUCUGGGCCAUAUGAUUUUAAUGGCCUGUACUUACAUUGCAGGUGCUGUCAUUUAUGGCUGUCGCUUUCCUGAACGAUCUUUGCCAGGCAAAUUUAAUUAUUUUGGUGCUUCUCAUCAAAUAUUCCACAUUUGUGUUGUCAUUGCAGUUAUUUCUCACUAUUUAGGUGUCUUGAGUGCCAUGGCUUUUUGGCAUGAUAUUUCAAAUGAAGAAUUCUGUUCAACCAUGUUCUUUUAGCUUCGUCUGAUACCCUCUUUUUCCUUUAGAUAUAGACUUUGGCAAGAUUGUUUCAAUAUCCGAAUAAAAAUCAGCCCAUUUGAUAUUCUAAUGUUUACGGUGCUAUAGACC